AUGUGGAGAAAGCUUGGAGAUAAGGACUACAACAGUCUGAACAGUAACAGUCUGAACAGUAGCAGUCUGAACAGUAACAGUCUGAACAGCAACAGUCUGAACAGUAACAGUCUGAACAGUAACAGUCUGAACAGCAGCAGUCUGAACAGUAACAGUCUGAACAGUAACAGUCUGAACAGUAACAGUCUGAACAGUAACAGUCUGAACAGCAACAGUCUGAACAGCAGCAGUCUGAACAGUAACAGUCUGAACAGUAACAGUCUGAACAGUAACAGUCUGAACAGUAACAGUCUGAACAGUCUGAACAGCAGCAGUCUGAACAGCAGCAGUCUGAACAGUAACAGUCUGAACAGUAAAAGUCUGAACAGUCUGAACAGCAGCAGUCUGAACAGCAGCAGUCUGAACAGUAACAAUCUGAACAGUAACAGUCUGAACAGCAACAGUCUGAACAGUAACAGUCUGAACAGUAACAGUCUGAACAGUAACAGUCUGAACAGCAGCAGUCUGAACAGUCUGAACAAUAACAGUCUGAACAGUAACAGUCUGAACAGUAACAGUCUGAACAGUAACAGUCUGAACAGUAACAGUCUGAACAGCAACAGUCUGAACAGUAACAGUCUGAACAGUAACAGUCUGAACAGUAACAGUCUGAACAGCAGCAGUCUGAACAGUCUGAACAAUAACAGUCUGAACAGUAACAGUCUGAACAGUAACAGUCUGAACAGUAACAGUCUGAACAGUAACAGUCUGAACAGCAGCAGUCUGAACAGUCUGAACAAUAACAGUCUGAACAGUAACAGUCUGAACAGUAACAGUCUGAACAGUAACAGUCUGAACAGUAACAGUCUGAACAGGAACAGUCUGAACAGUCUGAACAGUAACAGUCUGAACAGUAACAGUCUGAACAGUAACAGUCUGAACAGUAACAGUCUGAACAGCAACAGUCUGAACAGCAACAGUCUGAACAGUAACAGUCUGAACAGUAACAGUCUGAACAGUAACAGUCUGAACAGUAACAGUCUGAACAGCAGCAGUCUGAACAGUCUGAACAAUAACAGUCUGAACAGUAACAGUCUGAACAGUAACAGUCUGAACAGUAACAGUCUGAACAGUAACAGUCUGAACAGCAGCAGUCUGAACAGUAACAGUCUGAACAGUAACAGUCUGAACAGUCUGAACAGUAACAGUCUGAACAGCAGCAGUCUGAACAGCAGCAGUCUGAACAGCAACAGUCUGAACAGUAACAGUCUGAACAGUCUGAACAGUAACAGUCUGAACAGUAACAGUCUGAACAGCAGCAGUCUGAACAGUAACAGUCUGAACAGCAACAGUCUGAACAGUAACAGUCUGAACAGUAACAGUCUGAACAGUAACAGUCUGAACAGUCUGAACAGUAACAGUCUGAACAGUAACAGUCUGAACAGUCUGAACAGUAACAGUCUGAACAGUAACAGUCUGAACAGUAACAGUCUGAACAGUAACAGUCUGAACAGUAACAGUCUGAACAGUAGCAGUCUGAACAGUAACAGUCUGAACAGUAACAGUGUGAACAGUCAACAGUAA